AUGAAUAACUGUGAAAUUGGAGAGGUGGUUUAUGUUGCAGCGGAAAAUGAAUUUGUCAUUGAAACCCCAAUAAACAUAAUCGAAGAAAAUGCGUAUUCAAAGGAAAAACCAAUUAUUAUCGAUGCAUUAACCGCUGAUUUAGAAGAAGGUAUUGAAGAUCGAAAUGAGAUGAAAGAAUUAAUUUGCGAUAAAUUUGGAUUUGAUGAAAUGGUUUAUAAGCGUCUUAUUGAUAAUGGAUUUGAUAUUGAAAGUCUCCUACUUGUUACUGAAUCAGAAAUAAAUGAUUUAUUCCCUGCCCCUCUUUUGGGAACAAGAGCUAAAUUUAAAUUUCAUCUAAAUAUUUAUAGACAAAAAUCAUCUAAAAACGUUUCUGACGCUUGUAAAAAUUGGAUUGAAUCUCAAUGUUUAAGCCAGAAUUCAACUGAAGCUAACAGUGAUUUAAGUUCACCAACAUCAUCAACUACUUCUUUUGGGGAUGAGUCAAAAAUUUUUAAUAAUAUAACACUGCAAGAUCUCUUACAAACAACAGAAAAAGGCCAGGGUGAAUACUAUAUGCACAAAAGAGGUCACGGCCUUAAUCCCACCGGUAAACUUCAUGAUAAGGCAGUUAACGCUAGAAUCAAACUGAAAAGUUUCAAAAGGAAACUCGUGAGUGAGAACAAAGAUCAUGACACAACAGAAAUUGAUCCCGAGUUAAAUGAAGCGGAUAUUCCCUAUAACUCUGAAAUUGAAGAAACUAUUGCUUGGCUCAAACACAACAAUGAACCAUGGUCGGAAGUUCAAAAAAGAUGGAAGAAAGUAGCGAGGCAAAGACAUCGAGAUAUUCAAAAUAAUUCCUUAAAUAUCUUCUCAGAGUGGCCACUCUUCAAACAUUCUCUUGGACAUACACUUGUUGAAAUUGACUAUGAAAUUUUGAAACCCAACAAUCGAUCGCAACUAUUUCAGCUCUGGCCUUCAUUUACUGCAAGGAUUGUUCCACUUUUACAACAAAAACUAAAGGAUAAAGCAUCGUUGGCAUUUUUAAAGAAUUUUGAAAAUAUUGAUGCAAAUUCUCGUGAUUUUUUUAUUCUCUCUUCAAUCCAUGUCCUUUUAAAACCACCAAUAAUAUCUGUUGGAAAAAAUGAAUCAAAGAAAUCAAAAUGGAAACCAUCAAUUAAGGAUGCCCAGGACUCCUGUUUUUUAUAUUGCUCUUCGAUUCUUGAUUAUACGGUCAAAGUAGAAAAUUUACGCCAAAAAUACCACACGAAGGGACUAACAUUGCAACCGAUCAUUAUAGUAAUAGGUAAAGAAAAAACAGAACUUGAAUAUUUUUACAGUUACUAUGAUGACGUUUUGUACAAAUUUUCUACAUUGCUUAAAUGCUUAGAUUCAACAUUUAAACCUUUUUCAUGUAUUAAAUUUUAAUUAUCCGAAAGAGGGUAAGCAAUUGUAUUUAUUUCUUGAAAGCUUUUUUUACAAUUUUGCUUGCCAACCAAAUGCUAAUAUAAAUAGCCUUACAUGUAGUUUGCGUCAGUAAAAAAAAACUUUUUUGUAACAGAAUGCAAAGUUAUUUAAUUCUUUAUUAGU